CGGACAGCGCGCGGUUCGUCGCCAGUGCGUGCGAUGGCGGCCUAGCAUCCGGAGACGCCGGUAGCUCGUUCCCGUACCUCAGCACACAGAAGGCGUACACACAAAAAUGACACACAGCGAGAGCGAACCGCUGCUCCGCGACUCCUCCGGGGGUUCUGCGGCAUCGGCGGGAAGCGCGAGCAAGAAGGCGAAGCCCGUCUCGUACAGCGCCGUCGCCGACACCUGCUACGUGAGCGGCGAUGGGACGACGACGAGCGCGCUGAGCGGUCGCAGCGACUCGGACAUGCAGAUGGAGCCGGUCCAGUGGAUCCGAGCGACCGCCAGGAGCGAGUCGAAGCGCGGCUCGCCAGAGGGCAGCGCGGGCAGCGGCGCCAGCCUGCUCGAGCAGCAGCUCGUCACCUACACGUGGCACCGCCUCAACGUGUUCGCGCCCACCCACACCAGCCGCCACCGCCGCCGCUUCUGGGGCAGCGCCGUCGGCGGCGACCAGCCGCGCAAGCACAUCCUCAAGGACGUGAGCGGCGUGGCGCGCCCGGGCGAGCUGCUGGCGAUCCUGGGCGCGAGCGGCGCGGGCAAGACGACGCUGCUGAACGCGCUCACGUUCCGCGGGCCCGCCGUGCACUCGGGGCAGCGCGCGCUGUCCGGCUGGCCCGCCAACGCCGCCUCACUGGCCGCGCUCUCCGCCUACGUCCAGCAGGACGACCUCUUCGUCGGCACCCUCACCGUGCGCGAGCACCUCGUCUUCCAGGCUCUUGUGCGUAUGGACCGGUACAUACCGUACAAGCAGAGGAUGCAGCGAGUGGACGAGGUCAUUCAGGAGCUCGCGCUGCUCAAGUGUCAGCACACUGUGAUCGGGAUCCCAGGACGCAUCAAAGGCAUUUCGGGUGGCGAGAUGAAGCGGCUGUCCUUCGCCUCAGAGGUGCUCACCGACCCUCCGCUUAUGUUCUGCGAUGAGCCGACGUCGGGCCUGGAUGCUUACAUGGCCCUGACGACGGUGGCCGUGCUGAAGGACAUGGCGCGCAAGGGCAAGGCUGUAGUGGCCACGAUUCACCAACCCUCCUCGGAGCUGUUCGCGCUCUUCGACAAGCUGCUGCUCAUGGCCGAGGGCCGUGUCGCCUUCCUGGGCACCGCCGACGAGGCGCUCGCCUUCUUCCGUGGGAUGGGGGCGUCUUGCCCAGCCAACUACAACCCAGCUGACUUUUUCGUGCAGCUACUGGCCGUCGUGCCUGGUCGGGAAGAUGCCUGUCGGCAGACUGUUGAGUUGGUCUGUGAUGCUUUUGCUCGUUCUGAGAUCGGACAGCGCAUUGAAGCUGAAUCUGAAGUGCAUGGGGAACUCCAGUUCAGAUCAGCCAUGUGGAAAGAGCAGCCUUGGCAAGGUUUUGACAAUGUGCAUUCACCUUACAAGGCCUCGUGGUGUGCACAAUUCCGAGCUGUACUAUGGAGAUCUUGGCUGAGUGUCAUCAAGGAACCAAUCUUAAUAAGAGUUCGACUGUUGCAAACUGUUAUGGUUGGCUUUCUGAUCGGUCUCAUAUAUUUUGGGCAGAAAUUGGAUCAAGAUGGUGUUAUGAACAUUAAUGGUGCUCUUUUUAUUUUCCUUACAAACAUGACAUUCCAAAAUGUACUGGCUGUAAUAAAUGUGUUUUGCUCAGAGCUACCAGUUUUCUCUAGGGAGCAUUUAAAUGGAAUGUAUCGAACAGAUGUUUAUUUCUUGAGCAAAACUUUGGCAGAGCUACCAAUUUUUAUUGCAAUUCCUCUCAUUUUCACAUCUGUAUCAUACUACCUGGUGGGCUUCAAUCCAGAUCCACAGAGAUUUGCAAUUGCCACGUUAAUUGUUAUACUUGUGGCCAAUGUGGCUACUUCUUUCGGAUACCUCAUUUCAUGCAUCUCAUCUAGUGUGUCAAUGGCACUCUCCAUAGGACCACCAGUUGUUAUUCCAUUCUUGCUGUUUGGAGGAUUCUUCCUUAAUAGCGCAUCUGUUCCUUCAUACUUCGAGUGGCUUAGUUACUUGUCCUGGUUCAAGUAUGGAAAUGAAGCACUGCUGAUUAAUCAGUGGUCUGGAGUGGAGGAAAUCAGCUGCACAAGAGCAAACAGCACAUGUCCGAGCAGUGGCCAUGUUGUCCUCGAGACACUUAACUUUUCAGAGGAUGAUUUUUCCAUGGACAUUAUCAGCCUUUUUGCACUGAUUGUGGUCUUCAGGUUACUGGCUUUCUUAGCUCUGCUAGCACGGGCAUCACAUACACAUUGACAAAAUAAUACCUAAUGAGCUAGUCAUGAGCUCAAGCUGUACAGGAUACCAGCAGUAGCAAAGGCACCGGCAAUGCAGGACAUUAUAUGCUUGGAAGCUUGUGCUGAAAAUAAUAGUGGAGUGUGAUAUACAACAUAGGUCAUUAUGUGAUGUAUCUAGAAUGAGCAGUUUUGUAAAAUUAAUGUGCAAUUUUAUGAAACAAUUGUGUGAAUUAUUAUAUAGUCUGUGUUUGGAAAUGUUGGGUAUAGCUACAUGCUGGAUUUAUAGUUCUCUAUGAAGGCUCUGCGUUAUGGAUUUCCAGGAUAUCUCCAAUACAAACACAAAAGAGAAUAUAAUUUUUUCCUCAAAUAUGAGGCUGUGACAAAGUAUAUUUUAAGCAUGAAAAGUGACUUUCAGGCUUCUGUUUCAAUUAGAGAAAAUAAAUUGCUACUCUCACCAUCAGUCAUCAAUGCAAAUUGUAUUUAAGGAGUGGCAAUAGAUGUUUGCCAAUGAAGUUCCAUAAGAGUUGGAUUAUUUCUAAAUAUAAUAAUGCUGAAGUGAUACAGAGUUUAAAAACUCUCAGAGUUUGUUUGGAUGGUCCUCCAUCUGUUUCCUUGUUCCCUCAAAAAUAAUGGUUCUUCAAGAGCUUUCCAUCCUCAUCCAUAAUUAACUUUUUUUCAUUGAUCUCUCAUGAUUGCCUCUUAGUUCAGUAUCACAUAGUCUAUGCAGCCUUUCUCUAAAACUCAUUCCAAAUAUCACCAUUGCAUGCACUUUCAGCUCUUCUUGUUACAUUAUUCUUCAAACUGGGAUGACUUUUUUCAAUUAUUAUCUUGUUUCCUUUCCCUUUUCAUCUAUAAUUUAACAGAAUUCACUAUCUGGGUAUUAUAUGAAAGAUAUAGACAUAUACUUUUGUCAGUUUCAGAAGUAUUAGUACUGACUCAUUACUUCCUUCAAGAAAAUAAUGUGUAGAAAUAAGUUGAUGAUUUCAUCCUGUGAUAGAUCAUCUGAUGACAAGGAGAAAGACCUGCAUAUAUUAACCAUUAUGAUCAAUAAUUUUUAUCACAUGUCAUCUGACAGUUUGUGAUUUAACUACAGAUGCAUAUUCAAGACACCAGGGGCAACUGUUAGCAAUACUACAUAACAUAAAGUACAAUUUAAUUUCCUAUACUUAAAUGCUAUUUUAUGUACAAUAUUACAGAAUUCUGUGUCACAUAAAAACUAAAUACAAAGCCAAAAUUUUCUAAAUUUGAACUCUUUUAACUCACGUGAAAGAGACAGAUUUAUUAACAGUCAUAGCACCUCUAACAUCUAAUUAUAAAUUAUUUUUUGUAGAGUUUUCUGGAUAUGGAAUUGUAUUUAUUUUCAAUAAUCUGUUGCUUGUUACAACUGAGUUUCUCUAUAAGGGAACAUCACAUAUCUUACUGCUGAUUUCUGAAAGCAAACAGUUAACUUGUUUUAAAAAAAUGUAAAAUAAGUGCUUGACAUCAUGCAGGUUCUUUACAACAGCAUGAAUGGAAAACUGCUACAGUUUAUAUAUCUGUGGUAUAAAUGGUACACCCAUGUCUAGUAUGUUGUCAGAGAGGUACAUUUUCUCACUAGUGAUGCAAGAAAUUUUUUGUAGCAUAUUAUUUAAAAAAUGAACUAUAUUUUGUUUUAAUAAAGCUUUUUUUCAUUUUUCAAA